UGUGGUUUGGGUUACCUGUGGCUGGGAAAUUCAAAAUGGUGGCAAGAUUUCAUUCCGUUUGACCGCAUUCCUGUGAUUUUUAUGAAUGAAACUCAAAUCCAGGGAGAGAGAUGUAUCGCAGUAUUUAUAACUACACAGCUACUGAAAAGGGCUGUUUGAGCCUAAAAGUUGGCCAGCUACUCAUGUUUCUUGAGCAACAUGACGCGAACUGGUGGAGAAUGCAGUCAGAGAGUGGAGCUGUCGGCCUCGUUCCGUCCUGUUAUCUUGAGCCAGACGUGAAAGAAAUGCAAGACCCAGCUGCCAGGAGAGUUGUUAUGGAGUCGAUAGAGAGGGCAAUAGAUGUUAUCCAUAGUCAAGCAGCCAUGAAUUCAGGCAAAUAUACUCCAGAGCAGAAGGCAAAUCUCAAAAAACUACUAGAUCAUCGCAAGGCUAUUCUGUCUGAGGCAAAAUCACCUGGAAUUCGAGCGUCAUCUUCUAAGCGUCAGGCUCCCUCCAAACCUGGGAAUGCACCGAUACACCCACAUCGUCCAGCUCCAUCAUUACCUGGUAUGAGUACCAAGGAAUCAUCACCAUUACCAGGCUACGACAGAAAGAGAUCUCCCAGGAGAGAAGCACCUUGUGUACCAAAAACUAAGAGUGUUUCUCCAGAAAAGAAUUUUGAUGAACCACUUCCUGCGCGAUUUGCAGCAGAUUUACUAGAGCAAUUAAGAAUUAACACUGGCAUUAGCUAUGACACGUCAUUUGCGGCAGCGGAAACAGUGAUCAGCCAUAUCAGGGAAAAGGUCCCAAGCACUGCAGGUCUGAUGGGGAGAAUGUUACAGGAGCUAUGGGCAGAACAGGGUACUUCAGACCACUCAGAUGAGAGUCUACUAAUUACACACGAUGGGCAGGGGAUUGAAAACAUCUUGAGAGCGCUGACGGAACACAAGGAUGAUGCACAGCAACGAAGCUGGGCUCUCGACAUGGAUGAGCCAAUCAUCACAAAACAGCUGAAUGAUCUGCUAACGCUACUGUCGGACGCCCGCCGCAGUGUAUCACGUGCUGUCAUUCGUCAGGAGGAGUAUGGACACCUGGAAUCGCUGGUGGUGUAUUUUCAAAUGGAGCACAGGAGAUCCCUUCGCCUGUUGUUGCUGAAGGUGUUUGGUAGCCUGUGCCGUGUUGACCAGGGCGUCAUACCCGAGUUGCUGUGCUCUGUGUUGCCUGGUGAGCUCGCAAGUUCAAUGCAGACCUACCCGGAUGAUCUGGAACUUCAGCUGAGCUGCUGUCUAAUCCUGACCAUGAUCUUCUCGACUGCGGAACCUGUGCCAUAUUGGCUUUACGAUCAGCUGGACUCGGACUUCGUGAAUUACGUGGUACAGUGCGUGGAAGAAGCCCCUGAAGGCGAAGACGGGGACAAGAUUAUCGAGUCUUUUGUGCAUCUUCUACUUGCAUUCAAUCAGCAUUUCACUGAUCCUAAAACCAAUAUUGUGAUGAACGUGCUGUCUGAGCUCUACUCUGCCAAGACUGUCAGCGAACAACUGAUGCUUCUGGUCAACAGAGAAGAGGACCCGGUUGUUAUGUUCGACUAUCCCAAAUCGUGCGCAAACUCGGUCUUCAAGAUCUUCACCGAUCUUUUCUCGUCACCCAGUACCUCGGGACUUUUCUUCACGGCGGAUAUGAAAGUUCUUAUCGAAAUUGUCCUCAGGCAGCUCACUGAUCUGUCGCCUGGAGAGAAGGUCCGUACGGAGUACCUCGCCCUGCUUGAGUUAAUGCUCACCAACUCUGACUACGGCAGUCACCAGCAUAUGUGUUCAGACCUCAGGGCUUGCCUGCAGAGAAUACGCGAUGAAGAGGCGCCCGAGAGCCAACAGGACAAGACGAUAGUCAAGAAUAUACUGGACAAGUUCCCCCAGUACUUUAGCUAGCAUAUCCAUCACUCAUCGGGCCAGGACGAUAGUCAAGAAUAUACUGGACAAGUUCCCCCAGUACUUAGGCGUACAAGGCGAUAGUCAAUAAUAUACUUGACAAGUCCCCCAGUACUUAAGCAUACAAGGCGAUAGUCAAUAAUAUACUUGACAAGUCCCCCAGUACUUAGGCGUACAAGGCGAUAGUCAAUAAUAUACUUGACAAGUCCCCCAGUACUUAGGCGUACAAGGCGAUAGUCAAUAAUAUACUUGACAAGUCCCCCAGUACUUAGGCGUACAAGGCGAUAGUCAAUAAUAUACUUGACAAGUUCCCCCAGUACUUAGGCGUACAAGGCGAUAGUCAAUAAUAUACUUGACAAGUUCCCCCAGUACUAAGGCGUACAAGGCGAUAGUCAAUAAUAUACUUGACAAGUCCCCCAGUACUUAGGCGUACAAGGCGAUAGUCAAUAAUAUACUUGACAAGUCCCCCAGUACUUAGGCGUAUAAGGCGAUAGUCAAUAAUAUACUUGACAAGUCCCCCAGUACUUAGGCGUACAAGGUGAUAGCCAAGAAUACACCUAUUUCAAUUAAGGUAAUCAGUGCAGAUGGCAAAUGCCGAUUGGCAAAUGGCAGUUCUACGACCGAAAGUAACAAUGCGUCUCUAAGAAUCAAUCAAAACAAUAUUAUCCGUUAAA